AUGGUGUCUCUUAAAACUGUAUCUCAUUCUGGUCUUUCUAGAUUACUUGAUAUUAAACGACAUAUGUGUAAACCAUCUAUCCGAAUAGUGUUCAUAAUAUUUUCAAAAAAUUAUCAAAAUGUGAUAUUACUUUUAUAUAAGUGUGCAAUACAUUUUACUAUGGAAAAUUCAAUGAAACUUUUACAAGUUCAAGUUUUCUUUCGUCAUGGUGCACGAACACCUUUAUUUCAUGUAAAAUCACCUAUUUUUCCUGAGGCUCUAUGGACUCCAGAAAUAUCCACCGAUCUACCACAUACUUUAUUUCCUUAUUGUUUAAUUGAUAUUUCUACACAGAAACAAGUUCAAUUAUCUCCUGACUAUUUAGAUAAAUUAUUUAUCUUACCUGGUGGAAAUAGAGUUGGUGAAUUAACUAAAGGUGGUCAACAAGAUGCUUUUAAUUUGGGUACACGUUUAAAAAAACAAUAUAAAGAAAAUUCUAAUUUCCUACCAUAUAAAUUUCAACCAUCACAAUUUUAUCUAAGGACCACUUUCAUUGCUAGAACUAUUAAAUCACUUCGUUGUGUUAUGGCUGGUUUAUAUGGUGAUAAUAUAUCAUUAACUGAACCUGUCAAUUUUGAAUGUGAAAAACUAAAUACUGAAAUUCUUUUUCCAAAUCCACAUACAUGUGAACUUCUUUUACAAUUAUUCAAUGAUGGUGUUACGGAGUGUUGCAAGUCGAAAACGUUUCAAGAAAUGAAACAAAAACUGAAAGAAAUUUUAGGUGUUGAAAAACUAUUAGAUUGUGUUGAACAACGAUCUACAGAUUAUGAUUGUCCAAUUUAUUUUGUAAGAGAUGAUUAUUUAGCUCGUAAGUAUGCCGGUUUCCCUAUACCAAAUGAAUUGGAAAAAUUAUUACCAGAAAUGCAUAAAAUAUGCUCUGAAGAAUUAUUACAUGAAUUUCUAGGUAAACGAGAAGAUUGGAAGAAAAAUGUUCAUAUUGUAUUAAGUGAUUUAUUUUCACUUAUAUUAAACAAUAUGAUCAAUUAUAAAAAAUUGCCUCAAUUUCAUUUAUAUGCAUGUCAUGAUUCAUCAAUUAUGUUAUUAUUAUUUGGUUUAAAUAUAUUUGAUGGUAUUUGGCCACCAUUUGCAGCUGAUAUUAUAUUUGAAUUGUAUACAACAUCAACAACCUCGACAACAUCUUCAUCAACGUCGACAUCAUCAUCAGAGUUAUCCUCUAUGAAAUCUUUCCCAUUACAUUCAUAUGAUAGUUCAUUAAUAGAUGAUAAUUUAGAUCAUUUAUGGUUUCGUAUAAUUUAUCUUGGUAAACCAUUACUCUUAAGAUCAUUAUGGAAUAUAUCUGAUUCUUAUAGUCAACACUUGAAUGAUCAUUCAUUUAUACCAUUUAAAGUAUUAUAUAAAUAUAUAGAUAAAGCUAAAAAUGGAAUAGAAUGA